UCGAAAAGUUGUCCGCUUUGGAAACCAAAGCGAUAUAUAAAUAUCUGGUUUCGUAGCAGUUCGUUGGGAAACACGCAUUUAUAUACUCAUCGUCUUCCUGCCUACUUUAACAUGGAAACCAAACUUAAGUCCGUUACAGCGACGCUCUUUCUGUGCUUCCUCUUGUUUCCGUUGGUUUUUUCUGAAUCCAAUGAUGGGUUGGUCCGGGUUGGGCUCAAGAAGAGGAAAUUUGAUCAAAAUAACCGGGUUGCUGCCCAGAUUGAAUCCAAGGAAGGAGAGGCUCUGAGAGCUUCUCUCCUUAAAUAUCGUCUGCGUGGAAAUUUGGCUGAUUCCCAGGACACUGAUAUUGUAUCUCUCAAGAAUUACAUGGAUGCUCAAUACUUUGGUGAGAUUGGUAUUGGCACUCCCCCUCAGAAGUUCACUGUGAUAUUUGAUACUGGUAGUUCAAAUUUGUGGGUUCCUUCAGCCAAGUGUUAUUUCUCGAUUGCCUGCUAUUUACACCCAAAAUACAAGUCAAGCAGUUCGAGCACCUACAACAAAAAUGGUAAGCCUGCAGCAAUCCACUAUGGAACUGGAGCUAUUUCUGGGUUCUUCAGUGAAGACCAUGUAACUAUUGGUGAUCUCGUGGUCAAAGAUCAGGAAUUUAUUGAGGCAACCAAGGAGCCUGGAGUCACAUUUUUGGUAGCCAAAUUUGAUGGCAUACUUGGACUUGGAUUUCAAGAGAUAUCAGUUGGAAAUGCUGUACCUGUGUGGUACAACAUGGUCAAUCAGGGUCUCCUGAAGGAACCAGUUUUCUCAUUCUGGUUUAAUCGUAAUGCUGAUGAAGAAGAAGGAGGUGAAAUUGUAUUUGGUGGAGUGGAUCCUAAUCAUUAUAAGGGAGAGCACACUUACGUUCCUGUUACGCAGAAAGGCUAUUGGCAGUUUGACAUGGGUGAUGUUAUGAUUGAUGGUAAAACAACUGGAUUUUGUGCUGGUGGCUGUUCAGCAAUUGCUGAUUCUGGAACCUCUUUGUUAGUUGGCCCAACGACUAUUAUUACUGAACUCAAUCAUGCCAUUGGAGCCUCUGGGAUUGUAAGUCAAGAAUGCAAGACUGUAGUCGCACAAUAUGGAGAGACCAUAAUUGAGAGGAUUUUAGCCAAGGAUCAACCACAGAAAAUCUGCUCUCAGAUUGGUUUGUGCACAUUUGAUGGUACUCAUGGUGUAAGUACCGAAAUCAAGAGUGUUGUGGAAGAGAACACUCACAAGGUAUCUGGGGGCUUAUCUGAUGCAUCAUGCUCUGCUUGUGAGAUGACGGUUGUAUGGAUGCAAAACCAGCUCAAGCAGAAUCAGACACAGGAACGAAUUCUUGAAUAUGUGAAUCAGCUCUGUGAGCGGCUGCCUAGCCCAAUGGGAGAAUCUGCAGUUGAUUGUAGUGGUUUGUCUUCCAUGCCUAGUGUUUCCUUUACUAUUGGUGGAAGAACAUUUGAUCUUACCCCUGAGCAGUAUGUGCUCAAAGUAGGUGAGGGAGAUGCUGCACAAUGCAUUAGUGGAUUUACUGCUUUGGAUGUCCCACCACCCCGUGGACCUCUCUGGAUCCUGGGGGACGUAUUCAUGGGUCGCUACCAUACCGUGUUCGACUAUGGCAACGAGAGAAUUGGGUUUGCAGAAGCUGCAUAGAUAGUAGAUAUUAGCUUCUAAUGUUCUGUUUGUGCUUGUUUUUUUACGUUGCCGAGUUUGAAACUAUCCUAUCUAGUACUGGAAGUAAGCUCCUGUGAAUGAUGUUUGUAUGUACAUAUCAUGUCCUGCCUUUUAUCCAAUGUAUUUUCAACGUUGCACUUUAAUUAAGAAAAUGGAUCCUUUCCGACA